GUUUGACCGCGUGGCGUGUAGAGUUCGCCAUUUUGUUGUGGUUUGCAAGAAGGGCCGUGUUGGGCGGAGUGGGUUCUGAUCGAAGGAUGAGCGAUGAGGACAGGGAUGUGGACGUUGAAAGUGACGAAGACGACGAUGACGGGAGUAUCUGCCUGGAUUCGCCAACGUCGGGAUCUCAGGCUUCUGGCCCAUAUUUGAGUCAGGUAGCGGAGAAGCGGGCGCACCACAAUGCGUUGGAGCGGAAACGCCGGGACCACAUCAAGGAGAGUUUCCACAGCCUCCGUGACUCCGUCCCGGCCUUGGAAGGGGAAAAGGUCUCGGUAGGCAUGAACAAAGAAACAGCCCCCAUGCCUUCGGUUUCCCGGGCACAGAUUCUGAAGAAGGCAGCAGACUAUAUUCAGUUUAUGAGGAGGAAAAACCACAGUCACCAGCAAGACAUUGAGGACCUCAAGAAACAGAAUAAUAUCCUUGAACAACAAAUUCGAUCUCUAGAAAAAGCUAAAUCCACAGGAGCGUUUGCCUCACAGACUGGGGUCAAUCUGCGUGGAGGACAGAUGCCAUUUGAUGGUGGCUCAGAAUCAGAGAGCUCUGAUGUAGAGGACAAAUCAGCAGGGAGUAGACGUAAGAAAUUAAAGACAGCACCCAGCUGAGGGACAUCUGUCAUAUGACGUAAGGCAGCAAAUCAUUGCUCGGGAUUUUAUCCUUCACAUGUUUGUGCAGGUCAACUCUAUGCCAACUGAUUCGUGCAGUCUGGUACAGGACAUGAGGAGAUGGAUCGCUGCGGGGAAUUAGCUGUGUGUAGGGUUGACACUCAUUAUCAUUUUACUGUUCAGCUUCAUGCCAACUAGGACAUUUACUUGCCAGAGGAAUGAUUUCCGUGCCGGAGAAGACGGAGAGUAACUUGUGAGUUCGAGAGGACUGAUCGUAACUUCUGUGGAUUCAAAUGGGCCAACUAAAGAUCUCAAUUUGGUCAUUUUAUUAGGUAAUUCCAUGAAUUGAUUUUCUACUGUUUGCAAGAAAGAGCAAUAUGGUUGGUAUAUUUGUGUUUUAUGUUUUUAUCACUUGAAAAAUAUGCAACUGUAACUGUGUGAGAAAAAUGUUGCCGGAAACCUUUUUAAUUUGAAGAAUGUACAUCUUGAAAAUCAAAUUUAACUUCAAAAUGGACCCUAUAUUUCCCACCUACCUGAUGCACAUUAGUAACAUAAGGGUUCUUGUCAUACAAGAUGCUGAUGUCUGAAGUAGUUUCCAUUCAGAUUAUGUUGUCAUGGUUAUGUCCAUGUCUGAAAAGGAUUCAGCUUGCUCAAAUGCCAAGUGAAACAUAAUUCUAGUUGAUAUGCCACAUUCAAGGCAGUCAUGUUUGAAGAAGUAUGUUGGUGUUUCUGAUAUUACUCCAGUGUUGCUCAAACUGAUCCCCCCCCCCCAGCUGCCAGGGUAUUACCGACUUACAGACAAGCAGUUACCAUGUGUGCUUUGUUAUUGGACCAUGGAGCUUAAUGAAUGCUUCUAAUACAUGUUGCCUUUGAUAGAUAGCAACUUCAGGUUUUACUAAGUGUUAGUCAACCAUUUUUAUAACUGGAAUUAGAUCUGUUACAAAAACUUGAAAAAAAUAUUUCUAAUGCCCUCUGUCUUCAUGAUCUUAUGAAGUAUCAAACCAUGAAAAAAGCACUUUUUCACAUAAUGGCUGUGAUAUGCAGUUAAGGCUAUGAGAUGUAUUUGAAACAAUUUACUCAACUUUUGAUAAGGUUAUUCUGAGUGGCUUCGUUCCAAGUUAAACAAAAAUACAUGAUUCAAUGAUAUUUUGUCCUCUAGUGUGUACAAGGAUAGGAUAACAAAUUCCAGUACCCCUAUCAGUUGUUGAGUGGUAAGCAAACUUGAUAUGAAAUGAUAAACAUACAUAUUCUGUUUUGUUCUUAUUGAAGAAGCUUAUGAUGCUGUUGAAAUGUAGAUGCAUUGUACUAAACCCUGAUGAAACUAGGUAGGAACAUGACCAGUUGCUACCUUUAGUUGUGAUCAGUGCAGGUCUAGUGAAUGUUACUCUUCACAGUGGUGGAGUUCAGAUACUAGAGCUCGUUUUAAAGUUGCCUCGGAGUUUGUUAUAUCUUAAGUGAACUGUAGAUAGAUACUUGAAUUGUUAUGUAUACAUUGUACUAAUUGUUGAGUUCAAGCGAGAACAUUUUAAUUUGGUUGUAGAAAUGACAUGUAUGUUAUACGAACAAGAUUUUUAGUCAAGGUGUAUUUAUUUCAUUCCCAAGUAGGUCUUCAGGUGUAUGAUAAUACGGAAUAGUAUUGUACAUGAUAACAGUACAGUAUUGUAUUGGAUAACAGUAUGGUAUUGCAUAUGAUAACUGACUUGUUGUUAUCCUUCAACACGAUUAAAUCAACAUUUCAUGAUUGAUUAAAGGAAUUUGUAAAUGUUGCACUUUUUAAACUCCUUGUAGGAUAAACAAAUAUUUGUUAAAAGGUUGAGAAAUAUUUUGGGUUGGGUUUGACUGCAUCUCUUCAUUAUUCUGAUAUGGUGAAACUAACUGUAUCAGAUAUGUCAUGUGUAAAUAAAUCCAUUGUAGAAUAUCCCUUGUUGAUGUGACUGUCCACUCCAUUUAGAACUCUAUCCAUGGUGAACAUGUACCCCCUACCCAAGACUGCUGCUGCUGCUGCUGCUGCUGAACUAGGCUGCUUAUGUCAACCGACACCAUGACACAAUGUGGAUAACAACAGGUCAUGACACAAUGUGGAUAUCAACCGGUCAUGAUACAAUUUAGAUAUCAACCGGUCAUGAUACAAUGUGGAUAACAACAGGUCAUGACACAAUGUUGAUAACAACAGGUCAUGACACAAUGUGGAUAUCAACCGGUCAUGAUACAAUGUAGAUAUCAACCGGUCAUGAUACAAUGUGGAUAUCCACAGGUCAUGAUACAAUGUGGAUAACAACAGGUCAUGAUACAAUGUGGAUGUAAACAGGUCAUGAUACACUGUGGAUAACAACAGGUCAUGAUACAAUGUGGAUGUAAACAGGUCAUGAUACACUGUGGAUAACAUUUCAUGAUACAAUGUGGAUGUAAACAGGUCAUGAUACAAAUUGGAUAUCAAACGGUCAUGAUUCAAUUUAGAUAUCAACCGGUCAUGAUACAAUGUGGAUAUCAACCGGUCAUGAUACAAUGUGGAUAACAACAGGUCAUGAUACAAAGUGGAUAUCAACCGGUCAUAAUACAAUGUGGAUAUCAACCGGUCAUGAUACAAUGUGGAUAACAACAGGUCAUGAUACAAAGUGGAUAUCAACCGGUCAUGAUACAAUGUGGAUAUCAACAGGUCAUGAUAUGAUGUGGCUAUGAACCAGUCAUGAUACAAUGUGGAUAACAGGUCAUGAUACAUUGUGGACAUCAACAAGUCAUGAUACAAUGUGGAUAUCAACCAGUCAUGAUACAAUGUGGAUAACAGGUCAUGAUACAAACUGGAUAUCAACAGGUCAUGAUAGAAAGUGGAUAUCAACUGCCCAUGAUACAUUGUGAAUAUCAACCGGUCAUGAUACAAUGUGGAUAUCAACCGGUCAUGAUACAAUAUGGAUAUCAACCAGUCAUGAUAUGACAUGGACAACUGGUUGCCAUACCAUGUGGAGAAGGAGAAGUGGCCUGUAUGUAACUUAAAAGAUUGAUGAUCUCCUUAUUCCAUACAGGGAUAUACAUUGUUAGACUGAUCAGAGGUGCUUACUGACCAGGGUGCUCAUCAGCGAAUACAUCAAUCACCCCAAACAAAAGAAACGUUAAGUAUCAUGCUUCUAAGAAUUCACAUUAUGAUCCAUAAGAACAUGUUACUUUUUUGUUUGAGUAUACUACACAAACAUCUGAGAAUGACAACAUAGUGUAACCAAGGUUACACCUGUCAACAACAUUGGACCUUAUCAUGUAGGAAUAAUGCUAGCAUGAACCAUGUUACACAUUGCGUAAAAGUUAUCACCAACUUCCCAUCAAGUCCCUAGUUGUGUUGCCUUUGUGGCCACUGGUGAGCUGUAUCAAUACACUGGUACGCAACAUGGAAGGUUACUGACUAACCAUUGAUGCUAACCUCCAUGUUCCCAUGCAGUAUAUUCUACUUCUAUGGUUGUAUGUGUUGACCUGCUUGUAGACUUGUUGUAGGCUGAUAACUAACAUUGCUGCUGCUCUACAUCUGACAACAUAGACUCAGUGCUCAGUAAUCAAAGUAUGAUAACUUCCUUCAGUUGUCUUAAGCAUGUUUCAGCUGAACUUUAUCUCAUCUUGAACUUCUCCUAUCUGACUGAGCUGGCCACUGUCCAGAGUUGUGCCUGGUAGCCAUUAGAGGCUUGUGGGUUUGAACUUCAAAGUAGCCUAGACAUGGAUCAGGUGGCGACUCCGUGGCUUGGUUCAUGUCAUCUUACCUUAGUGGCGUCGGUCAUUGAUUAUUUCAAUCGCAGGAUGGUCUGGUCCAGAUUAUACACUUCUCAAAAAGAAGUAAAAGAACACCCGAUUUUCACAUGACCAUAGUUAAUUUGUCAUGGCUGGUGGGUAACCUUCAAAUUGUGAGUGUUCUUUAAUUUGUUUUGAGCAGUAUCUAAAGAUUGCCAUUGUAUAAGGAUGCAAUAUUGCUGAGCAGCAAGACUGAAUGGGAACAGAUGAAAAGAAAUGUGUCCACUAGGCUGUAUGGGCACAUAGCCUAUGUUGUAAGGUACUGCAGUAGGCUUCAUGUUCCCUCCAGCAGCAGGUUUAGUAGUUUUUUAUGUGAAGCAGUCAUCACAGAGUGCAAUGUUUUACCCUUGACAGCAGUGAGCUGCUCUGUAUACUGGUCUAACCAUGAGAUUGUCUUCAUCAUAUGUGUAUUGUAAACUGUAGACUAAAGUGUUGAUACUUGUA